UGUCUCAAUAACAUCCCCCUGCUAGAACUGAAGAAGCAGCAGUAAAAUAACAUGCGUUAAAAUGAACCUGUUUGAACAUUAUCAGCGGUGUUUCCACUAAUGUCUAGUAAAUGUCUGUAGUGUGUUGUAACUCCUGGGGCUGGUUGCUGGACUCCAGCUCUCAUAUAGACAAGGAUUUCCAGCGCUGUGUUUGUUAUAAUGAAGCCAAUGGGCUCGAAGAAAACACACACUUCACAUGCUGCUUCAAGAGGCAGUAUUUUAAUAUCCUGAUGCCUCAUAUGCAGCAAAGUACAGCUAUGAGCGGAUUUCCGUUAGAUUCUGGUAAACAUGACAGUGCUGAACAUGAAAAGAUCGAGCUACAAACACGAAAGAAACGAAAGAGAAAGCAUCAUGACCUAAAUACAGGGGAGAUAGAAGCCAAUAUUUAUCAUGACAAGGUCCGCUCAGUGGUUUUGGAGGGCUCUCGGGCUCUUCUGGAAGCUGGACGUCAGUGUGGAUACUUCACUGAAGCUCUGACCGAAUCACAGACUAUAUCCACACCGUCUGAAUCCACAUCAGCACACGAAUGUCAACUCGCUGCUUUCUGUGACCUGGCCAAACAGCUCCCGUUAUCAGAGGAGUCGCCGGUGCACACGCUGAGCAGAGACGGCCAAAACCCUGCGCUGGAUUUAUUCUCCAGCAUCACCGAAAACCCAUUCGACUGUGCUUGUGAGAUCACGUUUAUGAGGGAGAGAUACCUGCUGCCCCCACGCUGCCGAUUCCUGCUGUCUGACGUCACGCGCAUGGAUCCCCUCGUCAACAGUGGAGACAAGUUUGACCUGAUAGUCCUCGAUCCGCCUUGGGAGAACAAAUCUGUCAAAAGAAGCAACAGGUACAGUUCUCUGCCGUCGUCUCAGCUCAAGAAGCUUCCCGUUCCUGCACUGGCGGCUCCUGGUGGUUUAGUGGUAACGUGGGUAACUAACCGGGCAAAGCACCGGCGUUUCGUCAGAGAAGAGCUGUAUCCUCACUGGGCUGUUGAAGUGCUGGCAGAGUGGCUGUGGGUCAAGGUGACUCGAUCAGGAGAGUUUGUGUUUCCUCUGGAUUCACAACACAAGAAGCCUUAUGAAGUGCUGGUGCUGGGCAGGUGUCGCUCCACCUCUGACCAUACAGACAGAUGUUCAGCAGUGAAUGAGCUUCCAGAUCAGCGUCUGCUCGUCAGCGUCCCGUCAACACUGCACUCCCAUAAACCUUCACUAGCAGCUGUGCUGAAGCCUUAUAUCCGCCGUGAGCCACGGUGUUUAGAGCUGUUUGCUCGCAGUCUGCAGUCGGACUGGAGCUGCUGGGGAAACGAAGUGCUCAAGUUCCAGCACUGCAGUUAUUUCAGCAGACACACAGACCAGGAGCCCACGUCUGACACACUACAGCGUACACACUCACACUUACAGUCCACCGGUCUAUUAGAAACGCCAGAAACAGCACGCUGAAGGUAGAUUUAUACUGCUGAUAGAAGGUCAUCUAAAUGAAGUUGAUAGAAUUGAAUAGACUCUUAUUUCACCUG